AUGCGGAGGACAACUACAUUGGCGCUUUUGAGCGCCCUAUGCCAUGGCACAAUUGCUGCCGCCGAGAGCUUGCCGCGGGGUGUUGGUCCCGAGUUUGCCAAGUUCUACACCAGCAAAGCCCGAUUUACCUGCAUCAGCAACCCCACCAUCACCAUCGACUCCUCCCAGAUCAACGACAACUCGUGCGACUGCCCGGAUGGAUCCGAUGAGCCAGGGACAGCUGCUUGCGCCUAUCUUGAUCCCCUAUCUCCCGAGCAGCCCCUCCCGGGGUCUGUGACGGGCACCACCAACACCACAGCUGCCUUGCCCGGCUUUUGGUGCGCCAAUGCCGGCCACAUUGGCACCUACAUACCAUUCAUGUACGUCAAUGACGGCGUAUGUGACUACGACCUCUGCUGCGACGGCAGUGACGAGUCUGCCCACGCGGGCGGCGUCCAGUGUGAGAACCGCUGUGACGCCAUCGGCAAGGAGUAUCGCCGUCUGGAAGAGGAGCGCAGGCUGAGCAAGGAGAGAGCAGCCAGCCGGAGACGAACUAUGAUUAAGGAGGCCCGCGAAUUGCGCCGCAGGGUGGACACAAAGAUCGUCACCCUUAAGGGGGAGCUUGAGCGGCUAGAGAAGGAAAAGCUGGAGCUGCAAAAGAAGUUCGAGGAGGUUGAGCGUUCCGAGAGGAACAAGGUUGUCAAAACUGAGGGUCAAGGGGGGAAGCUGGGCGUUUUGAUAGGUCUGGCAAAAGGCCGCAUUUCGGAGCUCCGGAAUGCCCUGGAUAAGCUGCUGGACCAACGCGACGACCUGCAGGACAGGGUGGAGCAGCUGGAAGAGAUCCUUACCAAACUCAAGGAGGAGUACAACCCCAAUUUCAACGAUGAGGGUGUUAAGGCCGCUGUCAAGAGUUGGGAGGACUAUGCAGCUGGCCAGGCAAACGACAAGACGUCGGAGCUGAGUGAUGCUGAUGUUAUGGAGUUGCUGAAGGAAGACGGUGAGACGUCUGGCAUCAACUGGACCGAGUUCGAGAACGCUGAAGAGAGUGACGUCGACAUUGUCUACAACUGGCAAGCAUACCUUCCGCGCCCCGUCAGCGACUAUCUCUUCGACAAGCUCAACCUCCUGCGUGACUGGGCCGUCAAGAACGGCAUACUGGCCGAACAGCCCGCCAAAGGAGGCGAGUCUCGCCUGGUGAAGCAGGCCAGAGAGGCUCUGGACGCCGCUAAGAACGACAUUUCGUCCAAGACGGCCACCCUGGAAGAGCAGCAGCGCGACCUGGAGAAGGACUACGGCCCGGAUGACAUCUUCCGCGCUCUGAAGGGCAAGUGCAUCAGCAGUGACGUGGGCGAAUACGAGUACGAGCUCUGCUGGAUGGACCGGACCACGCAGAAGAGCAAGAAGGGCCACGGCAACACCAACAUGGGCAACUUUGCUCGCAUUGACCGGGACAUGGCGGACGAGGACGAGCGAGCCGAUGGCAAGGGCCUGGGAAGGGGCCAGCGCAUGGUGCUGCGCUACGAGAACGGGCAGGGCUGCUGGAACGGGCCUAACAGGCGUACCGAUGUCUGGCUGGCCUGCGCCGAGAAGGACGAGCUCUGGCGCGUGACCGAGUCGGAGAAGUGUGUCUAUAAGAUGGAGGUGGGCACGCCAGCUGCCUGUGAAGAUGUCCAUGAACCGUCCGAGAGGACCAAAGACGAGCUUUAA